GACUUUGAACGGUACGAGGCGCCAUCCUUACCCGGUGAGCGUUGUACCCAUCCUUCAAGGCCCAUCACAUGUUUCCUCUUCUGUUUAGGUGGGCUUGUAGAUCUUCUAUUUGACUGAGAUGGUCCGGAAUUGAGGAUUUGUGCAGCCUGUUCCACAUCGCCGUUGCACUCAACCAAGGCGUUGAGGAGAACAGACUGAUCUGAGAUCGGAGUACAUAACAGGCUGGAGAGCAUUGCGAGAAGUACAUCUGUGUCUGAGUUUGCAUCCAUUGCUAUUAAUCCUUUUUGUAUGGUCCUUGCAUAUACUCGUGAUCUUCCUGGUCGUCGUCGAGGUCUGAGAUGAGCGCGAGCGCGUCCAGACCGGAGGCGCGAAUCAUUAGGAAAGGCGCGAUCACGUGGAAAAUUGAUCUCGACCUUCGAUUGUAUGUGUGCUUCGAAUCCAAGUUCGUCGGUUCCAUGAAGUUUGUCGUUCUCGUGAAGCUAUGGUGAAAUAUUGCGAGGUUCUUGCGUUACAUGAUGAACACAGAACCACUCGUAAGCGGCCAAAGUGGUGCCAGAAGGAUGCAGGGCCACUCGCAUAUGUGUCCCUUCUGAUUAUUUGUCUUAUUUGCUGGACUUCCGUGUUCCCCUCCAGUCUUAGGUUCAGUUUAUCUUCUGACUCUGCUCCAGGCUUCAGUUACUUCUCUCACCUCGCCAGCCAUUGCGCCCACAUCUCUCCAAUCCCUACUUCCAGCUAUGUGCAACGCCAGAAUUUAUUGGCUGAGCUUCUUCAUUCUUUGAACGCGUCAGCGUACAUCGCCGAACCGGGAGCCAAUGCCGCCUACUUUGCGAAUAUCUCAUCUUCGCACUGGCACCUAUCUGAGAGGCCUUUGCUUCUUAUUGUAACUCCUCGCGUUGACGAAGAAGGCAGCAUACAUGCAACCGUCACUGUGUUGACGCCCUAUUUUGAAGCGACAAGGGCGAAAUUGUUGCCGAUCCCGAGUGCCUCGACAGUCACCUUCGCCGAAUGGCCUGAAGAUGUGGAUCCAUAUGCGGUUGCUCUCUCAACAAUAGAGCACUUUCAGAACAGUACUGUAUUUGUCGAUAAUAGCAUUCGGCACUUUAUUGUCGAUGGCCUUCAGGAAGCUUCUCCCUCAACUCAGGUCAUCAGUGCGCCUGUAGAGAUACGGCGACUACGUGAACGGAAGAACGAGGACGAGAUCGAGAUCUUGAAAUGUGCAAAUGAGGCCACGGUGCUAUCAAUACGUGCUGCUCGCGAGCAAAUGCGUAUCGGGAUGCGGGAGUCAGAGGUUCGUGCCCUUGUUGAGGAGGCCAUGGCUGCAGCUGGACUGAAGAAUGCAUUUGCUCUCACGUUGUUUGGGGAAAAUGCAGCUCUGCCUCAUGGAAGUGGGACUGACCGUAUUUUGGGAAAUCAUGACUUCAUCCUCAUCGACUGUGGAGGUGAACUUCAUGGCUACGUGAGCGAUGUGACAAGAACGUUUGCACUUCCUUCGUCAAUCAUAUCGCCUCGCCAGUUGGCUCUUUGGGACCUGAUUCACCGUGCUCAGUCCGCCGCACUUGCAAAGGCGCGUAACGGAACUAUUACGGCUGAAGUUGAUCAUGCGGCUCGCGAAGUUAUCGCAGCGGAACAUCUUGCCCCAUUCUUUACUCACCGAUUGGGCCACGGAAUUGGCAUCGAGGGUCAUGAAUCACCUUAUUUGAGAGGUGGUUCCGAUGAUAUUAUCUUGACGGGUCAUACUUUCUCUGAUGAACCUGGCGUGUACAUCGAGGGCGAGAUCGGAGUUCGACUAGAAGAUUGCUUUUACAUUAAUGAAAUCGGCGAGGCUGUAUACCUCACUGCCGGCGUAGGAGGCCAGGCAACGAACCCAUGGAAGCCUUGAACGUCUUCAUCACUGACUCAAGCUUAGCUCAAAAGUGUAGCUUUUUUACAAAAACAAUCUUCUUUGCGCACACGUCGCUGGACACUGAGGGGAUUGAACCCUCGACCUCACGCAUGCGAAGCGUGCGCGCUACCACUGUGCCAAGUGCCCUGUGAAUGGACGUCA